UCGUCUGUGGAUUGUAGCAUUCAGCAUCAAGAUGGCAACCUUCGAUGGAACUUCUGAAGAGAGCGACUCUGCCAAACGUAUUCGUCAAUUUGCCGUGGCUAAGGAAUCAAUGAAGAAGAUCUAUGAAAAGGACAUGAGUUUUGUUCAAAGUAUGCUUGAAAUUGUUGCAGAUCACGAUUUCCCAAGAAAUUGUUUUACAGAACAUAAAAAGAAACUGAAAGAGCUAAGAGACAAAAUAAAACGUAUCUGUGGUAUCAUCGGUCGGGGCAAGAUGAAAGCUGUCUUCUUUGGAAUGACAAGCAGUGGUAAAUCGGCGGUUAUCAAUGCUCUGCUGCGGGACAACGUCGUGCCGAGCCAAUUUGGUGAAACAACGGCUGGUUUCAUCGUGGUAGAGGGAACAGACUAUCCAGAUGCGGAAGCUCAAGUUGAUAUGGAUGGCUUCGUGGCACCAAUAACCAUGGAAGAAGUUGGAAAGAGGACUAACGUACUGGACACGGGCAGAGUGAAUUGCCACGAGACCACAGUCUACUGGCCAAAAGACAAGUGCAAAUUACUUCACAAUGAGUUGGUGCUUAUUGACUGCCCAGGUACGUGCACCACAUCGGCCACCGAUAAGCAAGUGACUAAGUACUGUGAAGAUGCCGACAUCUACAUCUUUGUUGUAAAUUCAAUAAGUUCACUCAAUGAAGCAGCCCAAGAUUUCUUCAAGAGAGUUGCGAAGUAUAUUUCUAAACCAACCGUUCUGAUAGUAUUUACAUGGUGGGACCAAGCUCAAGUGGCAAUGAGCAAAACCGUACAGGAAGAGGUGCUUGGACAACACACAGAACGAGCUACUGAACUACUUAGACAGCAGCUUAAAGUAGUUGAAACCAACGAGCAAGCAGCAAAGAGGAUAUUCUUCACUUCACCCGUUGAAAUCUUGAAAACAAACAAAGGGUCACUUCCGGAGGAUUGGCAAAAAAGGCAGGAGGAGUUUCACCGCUUUGAGGACACAUUUAAGGAGUUUGUUUCAACAUCAGCCAUCGAAACGAAGUUCAAAGGUCAUUAUGAAGAAGGGUUACGAAUUGUAGAAAACGCCGAAAGCCUUCGGAAAAUAAUGAUAGCGGAACUGCAGAAAAGCAAGGGAGAGAAAAAGGUUCAACUUCAAUCACUUGAGACAGAAAUCCACAACCUUUCCGUCAAAACGGCUCGUUUUGUCGACGGGACACUUCUGUUUGUGAAUUUGUCUACUACAAGGAUUGUUCAAGAAAAGUCCAAGAAGGACUUUGAAGACGCAAAAGAAGACAUCAAAAGAGGCAUGACUGAUGGCGUGAAUGAUUUAGACGAGAAUGAUUGCACUUGCUUUCAAAAGAAACUACAAAGUGUAGCGCUUAAACGAACCGAUGAUAUGGAGAAGACUUUGAAAUCAGUCAUUAAACUUGAGCAAGACGAGUUAAAGGCUUGUGUAGAAGAAUUGUUCCAGGAGUCGUUUCCAGACAUAAAUGUGAUUAGAAAUGUGGAGGGUGGACACAGAAAAGUGGAAAUAGACUACAGCGACGUCGCCGAGGUUUCUGGUCGGGGUAUCAGCGUUGGGUCCGUGGACCAAUGGUUUGGGGUUUCAAGAAAGUUUUUAAGCAGCGCACCUUUAACUUGGAGUGCAAGAUAUGGACCAGUGAUAACGGGUUUGGGUGCAGCGGCAACAGUUGCAGGCGGGGUAGCUACUGCAGUUACGGCCGGAGGAGCUGCAGUGGUCGUCAGUGGCGUUGCGUUGUGUGGGUAUGGUAUCAAAAGUGGGCUAGACUGGAACAAGAAUCGCCUGGAGAACGAACUCCGUCAAAAGUCUGCCGAUAAUGCUGCUAGGUUCAUGGAGAGUAAGCUAGACGAUUUUCAGAAAAAAUGCCCAGGCGUCAUGGAAAGGUUCAGACGUGACACAGUUCAGCCAUAUCUGGACAGUUUGAAUAUCAUCGAAAGAAGACUGAAGCAUCAUAAGAGUGUGUUGAUCGAUGAGAUCAGCCAAAUGGGAAUACUGUCGGAGAAAGUGGAGAAAAUACAAGAGGAGAUGCGGAAGACCGAAAAGAAUCUGUCCGAUUUUAACGAACAAUUCCUUUUAAAGGCAAGCAGUUUAACUAGGACCAUCAAGGCUGUAAAACAGUUUUUGUCCCCAGACAACGAACAUGAAAACAAGUCCAUGUAUAUGACAGAGAUAGAUUGAUUAACGGAUGGUUCAAAGCGGGAAAUGUUUCACCUUUCCCACGAUCGCAGUUAAAUUGCUUGUACUGUAAAACUGCAAGACAAUUAUUGGCGGGCGAGUGGGGACACUCUUGGCCGGUUACUUCUAAGUGCACCCCACUUUAUAAACUCCCAUAGCAUACAGUGCCAAGUGCUACAAACAUGAUCAUUUUCAACCACAAAUUUUGGUUUUGUUCACUUUUUGAGGUAAUAUGUAGCAACUUUUCUUGAAGGUGUUUUCAAAGUUUGUUAAUGUGUCGUUUUCUUCAAAAUAACAAGGUAAGAAUUUUUGUGUACAAAUUCGAUUAGAGGACGGGAUAGAUGUUGCUAUCCUGUGUUGCUCAACUGAGCGAAAAAGAGGAGGGGACGACACCCGAACAUGUUGUGACAAAAUGUUUGAUUUAUUGUUAACAAAUAAAUACAGUUUAUAACAGGUUAAUAUCUAACUACAAAGUUCUUCGAUAGCAAUAUAUCAAUUUUUCUUGAAGUUGUUUUCAAAAUCAUAAAUAAUGCUGUUUUUCUUCUUAAAAAGUAAACACUUCUGGGAAACAAGUAAGAAUCGGGUGCACAAACCCAGCCGAAAAGAGGAGGGGAUAGACCUUUCUAUCCCUUGUUACAUAAAUACAGCCGAAAAACUUA